AAAAAAAAAAAAAAAAAAAAAAAGAAAGAAAAGAUCUAGAAAGAAAAAUUAGCAGAAAGAAAGUCAGAAAAAUGAAACUGAAUAUCCCAUGCUUUAAGCAUAGUGAAAAGUAUCUGAAAUCCAAAGCUAAAAUUAAAGAAAUGCAAAACUCAAAUGAUCCAAGCACAGUGUUACUAUGCCCAUUACUUCACAGGCUGUGAGUGGCCAUGAAAAUCAGUUACUAAGCCGACAUUUGAAGAUAAUUCCCAGCAUCCCAUGUGGGAAUUUUCCUUUUAUACUUGUUAGUCCUGUGUCUUUCUGGUUGUUAACUGCCUCUUUCUUGUGCUCAGUUUCUCUCUGUUUUGCCUCUAAAUUAGAGGCACUUUUUCGAGAAGAUACUACCAAAGUUUCCUGGCUAUUUGGUUUCAUCAUGUGGGAGGAGUCAGAGACUGAGUCAGUUAGAGGCCGAGACUAUGGAAAUGGAGUUCUUAGUUCAAGCAAGCAUGGCGUCAAGACUGACGGGUUUGAGCUAAGGGGCCAGUCUUGGUAUGUUGCAACUGAUGUUCCAAGUGACCUUCUAGUUCAAGUUGGGGGUGUUAAUUUCCACCUGCAUAAGUAUCCCUUGCUUUCUCGGAGUGGAAAGAUGAACAGACUCAUAUAUGAAUCACGCGACCCGGAGUUGAAUAUGAUAGCUCUAGAUGACCAACCCGGUGGACCUGAGGCUUUUGAGUUAGCAGCAAAAUUCUGCUAUGGAAUUGCUGUUGAUCUGACAGCAGCCAAUAUUUCUGGCCUAAGAUGUGCUGCAGAGUAUCUUGAAAUGACAGAGGACUUGGAAGAAGGAAAUCUUAUAUUCAAAACUGAAGCAUUUCUAAGCUAUGUAGUAUUAUCCUCAUGGAGGGACUCUAUAGUGGUGCUAAAAAGCUGUGAGAAGCUCUCACCAUGGGCAGAGAACCUUCAAAUUGUCCGAAGAUGCAGUGAGUCCAUUGCUUGGAAAGCUUGUGCCAAUCCAAAAGGAAUAAGAUGGGCGUACACUGGAAAACUCCCAAAAGCUUCCAGCCCAAAGUGGAAUGACAUGAAGGACUCCAGUCCCAGUAAAAAUCAGCAUGUUCCUCCCGAUUGGUGGUUUGAAGAUGUUUCAAUCCUUAGGAUUGAUCACUUUGUCAGGGUCAUCACUGCAAUUAAGGUAAAGGGAAUGAGAUUUGAACUGAUUGGAGCUUCAAUAACGCAUUAUGCAGCUAAAUGGCUUCCAGGUUUGAUAAGUGAUGGGACAGGGCCAGGAGAUGAAGGAAGCAAUAUCAGCAACAGUAAUACUAGUGGCAGCAGCAAUAGCUGGAAGGGAGGACUUCAUAUGAUUGUUGCAGGAACCAAAGAUGAUCUUCCACCUGUUCAGGCCAAAGAACAGCGAAUGAUCAUUGAGAGCCUCAUCAGCAUAAUUCCACCACCGAAGGAUAGUGUCUCAUGCAGCUUCCUACUUCGGCUCUUGAGAAUGGCAAACAUGUUGAAAGUGGCUCCAGCUUUGGUAACUGAAUUGGAGAAACGAGUGGGAAUGCAAUUUGAACAGGCUACAUUGGCAGAUCUUCUUAUUCCUUCUUACAAUAAAAGUGAGACAAUGUAUGAUGUGGAUCUUGUCCACAGGCUUUUGGAGCAUUUUCUAAUUCAAGAGCAGACAGAAAGUUCAAGUCCCAGCAGUCAAUCUUUUUCUGAUAAACACAUGUAUGAAGGUAGUCAAAGGGGUUCUACUCCAAAUGCUAAGAUGAGAGUUUCAAGGCUUGUUGACAGUUAUCUUACAGAGGUGUCCAGAGAUAGAAGCCUUUCCCUAACAAAGUUUCAGGUACUCGCAGAAGCUUUGCCUGAAUCUGCAAGGACCUGUGAUGAUGGACUUUACAGAGCAAUUGAUUCUUACCUCAAGGCCCAUCCAACACUUUCUGAGCAUGAAAGGAAGCGACUUUGCCGUGUGAUGGAUUGCCAGAAGCUCUCAAUUGAUGCAUGCAUGCAUGCUGCCCAAAAUGAACGCCUUCCAUUAAGAGUUGUUGUGCAAGUCCUCUUCUCUGAGCAGGUAAAGAUAAGCAAUGCACUAGCCAACAGCUCCCUGAAAGAAACUAGUGAAUCUCUCUACCAGCCAAUAAUUUCAAACCGGAAAACACUACUUGAAGGAACACCACAAUCAUUCCAGGAAGGAUGGACAGCCGCUAAAAAGGACAUUAACACCCUCAAGUUUGAGCUGGAAAGUGUUAAAGCUAAGUACCUUGAGCUGCAGAAUGACAUGGAGAAUCUGCAGAGACAGUUUGAUAAAAUGUUAAAGCAGAAACAGACAUCAGCAUGGAGCAGUGGGUGGAAGAAACUGAGCAAACUUACAAAGACGACUACUUUAGAAAACCAGGAAAUUGGGCCUCAGCUCUCAACUGCAGCAGAACAGACUAGAAAGACUCCUAGAAGGUGGAGAAAUUCAAUAUCCUGAUAGAUUAGAAGGUUGCAGUUGCCAAAAGAUAUAUCUUUCAUUUUGAUUUUAUGUUCCAAAAUUUCAUUUCCUUUUUUUCUUUUUUUUUGUUCCCUCUUAUUUUUGGGAGUCAAUGGAGUCUUCAAUUACACAGAAUCUGCUUUGGAAAAGUACGUGAAUCACAGCAUGUCACCAAAUUGUGUGUA